CUUAGGAGAAUAAUUCAUUCUGACAUGGAUUUUUCAGUGAUGGCUAAGGCUCUCAUUUAUGUUCAACAAUACUCAAGCCCUCCAUUGUUGAACUUAGCAGUUAGUGUUGUAAUUGCUUCAGUCUUGUUUGUCCUUGUAGCAAAGAUUUUCAACAAUGGAAGAGUCAAAAAUCUUCCUCCAGGAAGAUUUGGCCUCCCAUUGAUAGGAGAGACAAUGGGAUUCCUGAAUGCGUUAAAAGCUGAUGAAUGUGACAAGUGGGUUGCUGAUAAGGUUGCCCAACAUGGCCCUGUGUUUAAGACCUCCUUAAUGGGUUGCCCCACAGCAGUCCUCACUGGCCAAGAAGGCAACCGUUUUCUCUUACAGAAUGACUGCAACACCAUCAUUAACAAGCAGCCCACCACUUUUGUGAGGAUUUUUGGCUCUAAGAACAUAAACGAGCUGUUUAAUGAGGAGCACAAGAGGAUAAGAAAUGCUAUCAUGGCAUUCAUGAAGCCAGAAGCUUUACAGAAAUGUGUUGCGAGAAUGGAAUCUGUUGUUCUAGAACACUUUGUGGAGUAUUGGGAAGGAAGAGAAACUAUAUUUGCUUAUCGUUUGAUGAAGCAACUUACAUUCCAGGUUGCCUCUGAUCUGCUCUUUGGUUUGAAGGACCCUAAGGAGAGGGAGAUUCUUAACACCGAGUCUAUUACACUCAUAAAGGCAAUUUGGUCUCUUCCUUUGAAUUUGCCAGGUACCACUUUUAACAAGGGCUUGAAUGCUCGUGCUCGUGUGGUCAAGAGACUAUCUUCUUUGUUGAAUUUGAGGAGGGGGGAAAUAGCAGAGGGAAAAGUUGCCCCAGACAAGGAUUUAAUGUCAUGGUUGAUAACUAUGAAGGAUGACAAUAAUGAGUCCCUUAAUGAUCAGGAGAUCAUUGACAACUUGAUCGUGCUCAUGAUAGGAGGUCAUGACACCACUGCUAUUCUUUUAACUCAGCUUAUUAGAAUGCUGUGUCUGAACCCUCGUGUGUACAAAAGUGUACUCCAAGAACAAGCAAAGAUUCGGGCAGCAAAGCAACCAAAUGAACCGCUCACAUGGGAGGAUAUUAAAAGCAUGGAAUAUACACAAAAGGUUGUGUUUGAAACUUUGCGCAUGGUACCUCCAGUUUUUGGUGGAUUCAGGAUGACAGUUCAGGAUGUCCAAUAUAAGGGUUAUACCAUUCCUAAAGGCUGGCAGUUAUUUUGGGAGACUACUACAACUCACUUCAACGGAGAAAUUUUCAAAGAACCAAAAAAGUUUGAUCCAAGUCACUUUGAUGAUAAAACUCCACCUUAUACAUUUAUAGCUUUUGGAGGAGGAGCUAGACUUUGUCCAGGCUAUGAUUUUGCAAAGUUGCAAGCAGAAAUAUUUGUGCACCAUUUGAUAUCCAAGUUUGAAUGGUCUAUGAUAAUUCCUGAUGAGAAAAUGACUUGUGAACCUCUUCCAAUUCCAAGCCAAGGAUUACCAAUCAAACUUCAAGUAAAGGGAAAUUAAUCAUGUUAACUAGAUGAAUAUGGUUUCUCUAGGACGUUGUGUCUAGUUAUAUGGUUGUGUAAAUCUUUGUUUUCAAUAAAUACUUCUCAAACUACAUUCAUAUAUAGUUCUAUGUAAGAAGUGUGUGAAAUAAGGUAUUGAGGUUCUUGAAAAAUAGGGUUCUAUUGAAACUAGUUGUUUCAAGAAUGACUCUAGAUAUAUAUGAUAGUACAAAACUUUGUUGCCCAUAAAUAAUUUCAAAUUAUAA